UCAAUCAAUUUGAAAAAAUGUGUUAUUGUCGGAGGAAUGGAUAUGAUGGUACAAGGUUUAGAAUUAGCAAAAAAACCACAUGUAGUCGUGGCAACUCCUGGACGAUUAGCGGAUCAUAUAGAAAGUUGUAAUACAUUUUCUCUGGAAAAAAUUAAGUUCUUAGUAUUGGAUGAAGCUGAUAGGUUAUUAGGUGGAUCUUUUGAUAAACAACUGAAAGUUAUACUUCCAACUUUAUCUAAAGAAAAACAAGUUUUGUUAUUUAGUGCUACAAUUACAGACGCUCUUGAUAAAGCAAAACAUCUUGCCCCUGGGAAGGUGUUUAUGUGGGAAGCAAAAGAUGAAUCUGGUAUUGCUACGGUAAAAGAACUUGAUCAACGUUAUGUUUUGUGUCCUAAAGAUGCUAUUGAUUCUUUUCUUGUAGAAGUUGUAAGAACAUUUCGCACAACAAAUGAAACUGGAUCCAUUAUGAUAUUUACAGAUACUUGCAAGAAUUGCCAGUUAUUAUCUAUGACAUUAAAUGAAGUAGGAUUUAUAAAUGUUGCACUUCAUGCAAUGAUAAAACAGAAAGAACGUUUAGCAGCUCUUAAUAAAUUUAAAUCAGAUCACAUAAAAAUUUUGAUAGCAACUGAUGUCGCGGCAAGAGGCUUAGAUAUAACUGGCGUAGAAUUAGUAAUUAAUCAUACGAUACCAAAUGUACCAAAAGAGUAUAUUCAUAGAGUUGGUAGAACAGCAAGAGCAGGUAAAGGUGGUAUGGCAGUUAGUCUGAUAACACCGUAUGAUAUAAAAUUACUACAUGCAAUUGAAAGUAUUAUUGGAACAAAAUUAAUUGAAUACAAAAUAGAUGAUGAAGAAGUUGUUACGAUCUUAACUCAGGUAUCCGUAGCAAAAAGAGAAGCAGAAAUAAAAUUAGAUGAAGCUGAUUUUUAUGAGAAAAAAAUAAUUAAUAAGAGAAAACAGUUACUAUUGGAAGGGAAAGAUCCAAAAGAAAUAGAUUUAAUUUUACAGAAACAUAAAAAAACGUCGAAAAUUGCAAAAAAGAAAAACAGAAAUAUCACAUAAUGAAAAUAGAUAAUACAGAUUGAAUUAUACAUUUCUAAUAAUGUAAAUAAAGUUGACUGUAUAAAGUAUAUAUUAGUAUUUGAAACGAUGAUUUGUAUUAUAGAAAAGGUACAAAAUCAUUCGUAAUUACGAAUUUAAUAAAAUUUACAUAUAUUUUAAUACA